AUGGCCCCACCGACCAACAGCGAGCUGAAUGAUAAACGGGAAAAGCAUUGUAUUGCUAUCUCGCCCGAGAGAAAGUACUUUCGGGUCAGCAGCACCUUUGUCAAGCGAAGCCUUCGACCCUGCGAAUGGCAAAAGCAGGAUGGUUAUAUGCACGUUUCUUUGUUCAACAUGGAGCGUGUCCUCAAUGAGGGUGCAUGCCUUUUGUUUCUUGCAGACACCGGUAUCCCGCUCCCAAAACUACUUGGCUGCUUCGAAGAUGACGGCGCAGCAUACUUGAUUACCGAAUAUGUGGAUGGAGUUGGAAUGAACGAUCUUGACGCUGAGAGCCAAGCCGUUGUUGCUGAAGAGCUACAAGGCCAUGUACUCACGCUCAAGAAGCUAACAUCUGACCUUUGGGGUGGGCCAGAUAAGAUGGUCCUUCCGCCAUAUCGUAUUAUGCGCAAGUCUGAUGGGCGGCCAUGGAGAAUGCGUCGGCGGAAGCAGCAUGAUCUUGUGUUUUGUCACAACGAUCUCUCCAUGAACAAUGUCAUUGUUGAUCCAGGCACGCUCAAGAUCAAGGCCAUCAUUGAUUGGGAAUAUGCAGGGUUUUAUCCACCUGAGUUUGAGUUUCCGUUCUAUCAGAGAUCAGGGCCAUCUAUUGCACUGGACGGCGAAGUGGACGAUUUUGAAUCAUUGACGCGGAUGAUUUCUGAAGAUAGGGAAUAG